AUGGCAAAGCCAAAAGUGACGCCGUGGAAGGUGCCCUCCCAACUUGUCUCAGUCCGAGAUCAAUUCUAUCCCAAGUCAUCCGACGAGCAGGAUAGCCGGGCCAAGGCCUGUUCGUUGGUCUGGGUGUGGAAGGUCAGAGGGAACCUGCCGCACGCAGUUGAAGCCACUGCACUCUUGACAGAUGCAAUAUUACAUGAUGACCCGAGCAAGAAUUCCAUCUUCUCUAUCCGGGCCGCUUACUCGUUCGUAACUGGACUAGUUGACUCGAAACUCCAUGGCCGGAAACAGUCCAUGUAUCAAAAGGCUAUGGCCGUAGGUGUUCCCGCAUCUUUUGUGGAGUUACGCCAUGAAGCUACUCACAGGGAUUUACCUUCCCUUGUGGUUUUGAGAAACGCAGCUCAACGGUCCAUGGAAUGGCUUUGGGAUUUUUACUGGGCUACCGUCGAGGAUGAUUGUAACUUUGUAUCCGACGCUCCCGGAGUUGCAGGACGAGAAGAUGCGGAGGACGAGAACAUGGGGCCCCUGAGAGAUGCUGUAUGGGUUACCCUGCGGCCUCUUGUUGACUUGAUAAACAAACCGAGGAAGAGCGAUCGAACAAGCGCCAAGGCAGGGUCACUGUUGGGCGAAGAGGAGCGCAGCAUGCGAAAGCUCGGUGCAUUUUGCUGCAGGGAAAGUGCAGCAGGGGCUGUGCUGGUGCAGGCACUACUGGAUCCGGACCUCGACAUCCUUGUAUCAACUGUGCAAGAGAGCGACGGGGAGGACGAGCUACGAUCGCCGUUUACUGCCUGGGACGAGGUGUUGAGAGGGAUAUGUCGAUAUCACCCUCCAUUCACGACUACGCUAGUCGAAGAAAUGGCUUCCAUAUUGAUUGCUGCUGACACAAAAGGCUCCAACAACGAUAAAGGCCAGAUCUUAACUGACCUGGAAGAUGACUCGUACGAGGAAAAUGUUUUCUCGUGGUUAGAACAUAUCCUUACUUCGGAAAUCUGGGCUACGAUAUGCAAUCGAUACCUCAUCUUGUCACACCUCGAAGCAUCCUGCGGUGCACCAGGUACAUCUGCAGGGUUUUGGGCCAAGCGGAUACACGAUCUGUUGUCUCACCAACAGUAUGAAGAUUCUAUGAUUCAUACCAGGCCUAGUUCAACGUCGGAAGAGAUGGAAGUCGAUACGGCCGGUCCGUCUGCCGCUCCUGAUACCUCAGCAGAUCAUGACUCGGACAUAGCUGUCCUUCGAGGUUACGGAUGGGAUUUUGGUCAAAAAAUUACGUAUAAGCCCAUAGGCAGCACUGUUUGA